GCGGAAGUUGCUUGUUCAUCAUACAUUUUCAAAGAUGGCUCUUGCUAGUGUGUUGAGCAGUGAUUCUGCCGAUUUUUCCUUUGAAAGUGGUCAGCCCUUUGCUUUUGGUUGUGGACCCGGGCCGAGGGGUCUGGAGUUAGAAGCUGCGCCCGGGGACAGCCUCAGUUUUGCCGUUAAAAGCCCGCUGUGUUCCGGAGACGAGGAUGGCGUCGAAAGGAAGAUAGAGUUUCUGCACGGAACCACCACUUUAGCAUUUAAAUUCCAGCAUGGAGUUAUUGUCGCGGUGGACUCUCGGGCCACAGCAGGCUCCUACAUCGCCUCGCAGACGGUGAAGAAGGUCAUUGAGAUCAACCCCUACCUACUGGGUACUAUGGCCGGAGGAGCUGCAGACUGUAGCUUCUGGGAGCGCCUGCUGGCCCGCCAGUGUCGCAUCUACGAGCUGCGCAACAAGGAGCGCAUCUCAGUGGCAGCUGCCUCCAAGCUGCUUGCUAACAUGGUGUACCAGUACAAAGGCAUGGGACUUAGCAUGGGAACCAUGGUCUGUGGCUGGGACAAGAGAGGACCAGGAUUGUACUACGUCGACUCAGAGGGGAACCGGGUGUGUGGCGACUUAUUUGCUGUGGGGUCAGGCUCCAUGUACGCCUACGGUGUGAUGGACAGCGGCGUGCGGCACGACCUGACAGUGGAGGAGGCCUGCGAGCUCGGCCGGCGUGCCAUCUACCAGGCCACGUACCGUGACGCCUACAGUGGAGGGCAGGUCAACCUGUACCAUGUCCAUAGCGAGGGCUGGACCAGGGUCUCCCAGGAUGAUGUGCUUGUGUUGCACCACCAAUACAAGGAUCAGGCGUAGCUGCAGAAAACAACAUAAUGUAGGGUGGGGUGGGGUUGGGAGAGAUCAGGGAAGGGGUAGGAGUUUAUUCUAGUAUCCAGUAAUUACCAGUUCUGACAUGUCAGUAAGAUAAGACACAUAAUAAAAAGGACUCAUCUGCAGAUUGACUUUGACUCACAUUUCUUCUGUGACUUGUUGCUAGCUUCAAGCCUUUAUAUUGUACAUUUUUAACAAUGCGAGUGAGCUCCACUCACCCUGCACAGAGUAUGAUUUGAGGGCUGCAGAGACAGGGCCGAUGACUCAAACAUGCUUUAAUACAGUGUGGGAGUAGUGUGGUGCUUGCCCUACAUACAUUUCAUUUGGAUUGUACUCUUAGAAACUACAUCUCCUCCUUCAAUAAAAUCUGUGAUGUUCUCUUUUUUUUUUUCUUCCCAAGA